AUGCCCUUCUACAAAGUAGAACACACAUACCCCCUCUCAGCAGCGCAGCGGCAAUCCGUCGCGACCGCGAUCACAAACCUCCACUGCGCCGCCUUCGACACCCCGGCCUUCUUCGUGCACGUCAGCUUCGCCAAGCACGAGGCGGGCAGCGCCGACGACGGCACGUACUUCAUGGCCGGGAAGCCCCACUCGGACAACUCGAACCGGAUCGUCGCCAUGGUCCGCUCGUCGCCGGGCCGGACCAAGGCGGACUGGGACAAGCUCGCGGCGGACAUCGAGGGCGCGUGGGACGACGCGGUGGGGAUCCGGCGGGACGGGGCUCCGGGCGCGGGGUUGGACGAGGCGAAGAGGUUGUUGAUGGUGGUGUUCACGCCCAUGGUUGCGAUUCGGGAGGGCGGUAUGGCGAUUCCCGAGGCCGGGCAUGAGGCUGCGUGGCUGAAGGAGCAGAUUCCGUAUUUCAAGACGAUGAGUGAGGUUCAUGGGGUUCAGGACUUCACUGAUAUGCUGGAGGAACUUAGGCAUCGGGAAGCUUUCAAAGGUCUGCUGGAGUAG